CCUUACCCACCUGCGCCGUGAUUCCUGGGCCAGUGACCCAGUGACAACGUUUGGCGCUGCAGCCAAGUCAAGUUCUUGACUGCGUUGCCUCAGCAACCACACCAUUGCGAUGAGACCCGAACAAACUGUCUAUACUCGGCUUGGGCAGCAGCUACGUACUUCUAGGUACAAUGUUCUAGUGAGGUAGGUACGGGAAGCAGAAGUAUGAGGGGCAGGCAUCUUGCCUGAUCUGGUUCGGUCUGGUUUGGGUUGGCCGUGCCUGGUUUGGCCAUGGUCCUCCAGCCGGCUCCUCAACUACCCACCUCAUCGCACCUCUCCCUCCACCAUCACUUGGCCAGGCAUUCCCCUCUCUCAUCCACAUUUCAAGGUAAAAGCAGACAAAGAGAGAUCCUCCCAAAGGACCCUCUUCUCUUCUCAGGCACGUACGUUCUCGACCAGUUCGAAUUCUUUAGCGCUGUCCAUUGAGCUGGCGGCAUUCCAGUUCAUUCACUUUCGUCAGAGCCUUGUCGCGCAUUCCUGGUAUUCUACUCUCCCCGAAGGAGUAGCGACAACAAGAGAGCUCCCUCACGAUUCGUGUCGCGACUAUGGCUCACCAGCCUUACCUGUACAAUGCCGUCAGUCAUGACCGCGACGCCCGCUUCCCGGAGCCCAAAUUCGAUCCCAAAGCCGUAACUCGAGCAAGUUGGGAGCCGAAGCCACGGAAACAGAAGCCCGAAGGCCCUUUGAUCGCCUUCAACCGCCAUCCAGACGCGCACUUGGUUCUUUCUCACCGAUCCAACAACUAUGUAUCUCUCAGCCCAAGGACGAAGAGCUGGAUCAAAUCCAUUCGCAUCAUCCAGCUGGGGCUGAGGGUCCUCCAACUUCUCGGAGCUGCCGGACUGCUUGCUUUGCUCGUUUUGCUGACCAACAUCGAGACCCUCGCUGGCUGGGUCAUGCGUAUUACGCCGGGCGUCUCCAUGGUGCACUGCUUGUACGCCAUAUAUCACCUACAGAGACCAGCCGGCGGCCGUAGCCCGGCCUCCUCCACCGCUUACCAGUUGUUUGCCAGCAUCUCGGAUCUGGGUGUCAUGCCCUUAUACGCGUAUGGCGCUCUGAGCACCCACAGCAGCGGCGCUGUGUGGAAGACGAGGUUGGUCGACCAAAACCUGCUGAAAUAUUUCGUCCCUGCCGUGUUCUACACCUUCAUCGGCACUGGGGGCUUGCACCUGAUCUCUUUGUGCAUGUCCGUUUGGCUUGGCUUCAUGUUUCGCAAGAUCACCCAGCUGCCUCCAGACAUGAACCCACUGGAAGACCAUCUCACCACUCGGGCCAAGCACCAGAGGAACAAGUCCAGUGUUGCGACAUCUGCGAGCGGUGAAAGCGAGAAGCGGAUGUCGACGCCCCUCGAGGACCGUCGUCCAUCCGGCGCCCCGCACACGGAUGUGUCUCGACCGCCGAGUAUUCCUUUUCAGCGAACGCGAGCGGGCUCGGAUGUUUCUAGCUUUACCCGUGACUCUCGAACCGACCUGCCCAGCCGCCAGUACCAGAUCACCCCAGGAGACUCGUCACGCAACUCGGCAGCUGUCAGCGAGUAUGUACGCACGUCCGCGCCUCGAACUGCGUACCGUGGUUCCUACACCGAGGUCCCACUCCACGAAACGAACGCUCCGUCAUCUCGACCAUCUAUCUCCCCCGCUGCCGCACCGUCUACAAGCGAUGGUCGCAGUGUCGGCAAAUUUACCGAGACUUGGUUUGCAACGGACUCACUAGUAUCACGCACACAGAGGCGGAACCGCGCCAUGGACGCCGCGGCGCUCACGGGGCAGACGAGGACAAGCAACAAGGCGUACGAGGCGCUCGACCAGCGUUAUAACGUAGGCGACUCCGACUCAGAGCGCGACGAGAAUGAACUUGCCGGCAGCGACUUCGAGAACGACAUUGGUAAACCUCCUCACCCACACCCACUGGCAUCCAACCCCCACGCCACUUCCCCAAGAACCAAGACGCUGCACUACUCCCUGAAUGACACAGCAUUGUCAGAGGUGGAUCUGAACUCGGGAAGGGCCAGCGGCACAAACGACAUCGCCGACGAAAGACCUUCCUCGCUUGCCCUAAAGGUCUGGCCAAGGAACCGUGACAGCUCCAUCCAGCCCGAGUCCGAUUUCUACUCGAAGCCCUACGGUGAAUUGAAGCCCGCGACGCCGCCAGUCAUGGUCGGGAGUAGUCGUCAAGUGUCGUCCGGCACCGACUUGGAGACGAACCAAUACUCAUCAGUAUAUGGACGAAGGAACGUAAGCGGCAAGGUCGCUGAGGAGGGCCUCGUAGGAACAAAAGGUGGCUACUCGCGCUACAGCGUGAUGUAAGGAUGAUUGUGUGGAUGGAAAGAUUCGCCUGCGAGGAACGAAAGCGAGUGACUCGGGCCUGCGGGAAUUAUCUUUUUACGGAGUUGACAUUGAAUUAAGGGCACGAUUUACGAUGUCAAGUCGAGUGUAACUGUAGGGUAGAUUGGCUUUGCCAGAACAAACGAGAAGAGAAUGAACACAGUUGGUACC